AUGGGCGGAGUCAGCCAACACAAGGCCACGCCCCGUUGGCACGUUAUGAAAUCGCGUCGAGGGCAGUUCCAAGUCUUGCCGAAUAACACAGCUGACAUGUUUGCCAAGGUUACUGUACUCGAAAUUCUUUGCGUCACAGCUCAAGCUGGAUUCUUCGAUAGUAUCAGCGGCACCGCUUCCGACGUCGGCAACUUCUUCUCGACUCAAUUCCAAAAUGCCAAAGAUUUACUCGCCAAUGAUCAAUCGGAGCUUGACAAGAACAUUCAACGUGUCAUGGACUUGCUCACCAAUAUCAAGUCCAAGAUUUCGGGACUUACUCCAUUGGCCAAUGAUGCCCAGAAGAAGACUCUUAAUUCCGUCGAUGAGUUCUUGAACAAAGUCACCAGCUUCCAGAAGGAGGUAAAACAAGAGGGAGCCGCCAAAUUCGAGGAGAACAAAUCCAAGUGGCAAUCGAUGGUCGACGAUAUGUUCGAGAAGGGAGGACUCGACGAUGUCGUCAAAAUGCUUCGUCUCAAUAGCGGCUCGCCGGUAUUUUCGUGCGCCGCUCUUGUCGCCCCAAUCUUCUACGCCCUCUUCGUUCGCUAA